AUGAUGGACCCCACUCUGUCCCAGCUCCUGCUCCAGGGGACACCCCUGUGGGACUGCCACACUGCGCUGGAGCAGGCCUCUGGAGGCUCGGAUGCUGGCUAUUACAGCGGCACAGGCAGCCUGUCGCCGGCCUCUUCCAUUGACUCCCUCUGCUUCUCCCCCCCACUGCUCCCAUGGGGCGCUGCGGACGCUGCAGUCCUCUCCGACCCUGCCGUUCAGCUGAGGAAGGUGCCCUCAUGCCCUGCUCGGGGGGCCAGGAGGUCCCGCUCAAAAUAUCCAGGGAAGAAACGGCAGAACGCCAGCGAGAGGGAGAAGCUGAGGAUGAGAGACCUGACCAAGGCCCUGCACCGCCUCAGGACCUACCUCCCGCCCUCCCUGGCCCCUGCUGGCCAAACCCUCACCAAAAUCGAGACCCUGCGCCUCACCAUUCGCUACAUCGCCCACCUGUCCGCCCAGCUGCAGCUCGCUGAGGAGGCCGUGUCCUCUGCGCCCCUACCUGGACCCCAGGACGCCCUCCAAAACUCGGACCUGCCAUCCUUGGACUCCAUGGACAUCUUUGCCUCCUCUCAGACAUGCUCUCCUCAGCCCAGAGGUGUAAUCUCUCCUCCACAGCCACACCAGAUUUGA